AGCUGGCGCCUCCUCCCCAGGCACAACCCCAGGCCCUCCAGGCUCCUGUGGAUCACCGGCCACUGAGGCCAGAGGCCCAACCACCGGCCCCAGAAGCCCCAGGACCAUCGGCCCAAGAGGCUGAAGAGGCCUCCGAGGCCGAAUAUGCCCCCGAGGCCCCAGACACCCCCCCUGAUUCCUCCCCCAGUUUCCCCCCAGGCCCUUGAGUUCUCCCCCCAGGCCCCGGACUCCCCCCAGGCCAAGCGCUGGGCGCCAGGUUCUCCUGCGCACGAGAGACCAUCAGUGCAGGAGAACCUGGCCAACAUCAAGGCCGAGCUGGCCCAGCUCUGGGGGGAAGUGGACAAACUAAAGAGGGACACGCGAGAACUUGCGAGUUGCGAGUUUUAUUUUCCCUGUUUUUUCCCCUUUAUUUGUUAAAUUAAAAGUUUUUAUUUUUCUACUUUU